AUGGCGACGAGCAAAUGCUACUAUCCACGGCCAAGCCACCGUUUCUUCACCAGCGAGCAACAAGUCACUUCCGCUUCUGAUUUCGAGCUCGACGAGUGGGAUCUUUACAACACCGGUUCGGAUUCCACUUCAAGUUUCAGCUUCGGCGACCUUACCAUCAGCUCUGGUCGAACCGGAGCUAACCGGAAAAGUCGUACCGGUUCAGUUUCUGAUAAAUUUAGUGGAACCGCGGCGUCUUCGCUUCCGGUCAACGUGCCGGAUUGGUCGAAGAUUCUUGGGGAAGAGAGUCGACGACGGAGGCAGGUUUCAAAUGAGGAAGUCGUGGACGGAGAGGAAACUGUUGCAUGUGGCGGAGGAACACGGCGUGUGCCGCCGCACGAAUUGCUUGCUAGUCGGAGGAUGGCGUCGUUUUCGGUUCACGAAGGUGCUGGGAGGACGCUGAAAGGAAGAGAUUUGAGUAGGGUGCGAAAUACUAUUUUUAAAAUUACUGGGUUCGAAGACUAA